ACCUCAAAACCACUUCCUCUCCCGAAAAUUCCUCUCUCUGUCUCUCUCUCCCUCUCUCUCUCUCACACACACACACACAGAGGUGAAGAAGAAACCCAGAAAUGGUUUCGAAGACAAUCAAGAAAACCCCUACAAAACAAACCAAAGACCGGCGGAGCCACCGCCGGAAAAAGUCUCCGAUCAAGAGCGUCUCCACCAUCGUGGUCGCCUCCAUCCACAGCUGCCAUCGCCGCCUCAUCAAAAUCUUCUCAAAACUCGCCCGAAUCAGCACCCCAACCAAGAACAAGAACAAGAACAAGAACAAAAACAAAAACAAAAACCCCAAAAAACAGGGCUACCACAUCCUCCACCAAAUCCCCUCCAUUCACCACCACCUCCUCAACACCCCCCGCCGAUCUCUCUUCUCCCCCACAGCCAACAACCACCUCCUUCCACCGUCAAUUUCACCAGAAAAACCAACCAUCGUUCUCGAUCUCGACGAGACCCUAGUCCAUUCCAAGCCCGACCCACCACCUGAGAAUUACCAUUUUGUGGUCCGGCCAGCAAUCGACGGAACGAAAGCCGAUUUCUAUGUCUUGAAACGCCCAUUUGUUGAUGAAUUGCUCGAAUUUCUCAGCCAGAAGUUCGAAAUUGUGGUUUUCACAGCUGGUUUAGAGGAGUACGCUUCGCUGGUGCUGGAUCGGUUGGACCGGAAAAGGGUGAUUAGGCACCGGUUGUAUCGGCACUCGUGCCGGGAAGUUGAUGGGAAGUUGGUGAAGGAUCUGGGGGAGUUGGGAAGAGAUUUGAGGAGGGUGGUGAUUGUUGAUGAUAACCCGAAUUCGUAUUCGUUGCAGACUGAAAAUGCGAUUCCGAUUCUGCCAUUUACGAGUGAUCUGUGUGAUGGGGAGCUGAGGAGGUUGAUGGAGUUCUUUGAGGGGUCUGAUGGGUUUGAAGACAUGAGAGAUGCUGUGAAGCAAUAUGUUGCUGAAGGAAAACAAGAAAACAAAUUAUCAAUGUAAUUUUUUUUUUUAAUUUUUAAUUGUUGUUUGUUUGGUUAAUCUUUUGGUAGAAAGUACUUUGUUAAACAAAUUAUGUUCAAUUUAAAGCAGAUUGUUGGUUUUCAAAAAUA